AUGGGGAACAGGGCCAUCGUGGGGGUUUAUAUAUCCCCCAACAUCUCGCCCGAAAACUUUGAAAAUAAAAUAGAGGAGAUCGGGAUGGUCGUCCGCCGCCUGCAGCCGGGCUGGGGGCUGGUGGCGGGCGACUUCAAUGCUCGGUCCGUGGAAUGGGGUUGCCCAACCACGGACACGAGGGGCGAGUUGUUGGGGGAUUGGGCCGCCGCACUCGACCUCCAUGUGACCAAUAGGGGGUCGGUGCCUACCUGUGUGGCGGCCCGGGGGAGCUCUAUCGUUUAUAUUGCGAUGGGCUCCCCUAUGGCGUACGGCGAGGUCACCGGAUGGUCGGUCUCGGGUGAGGAGACCCUAUCUGACCACCGGUACAUAACGAUGGAGGUCUCCUCACCGAACCUGGUGAGGGAGCCGUGCGCCCGGCCCGUAGGGCCUGAAGGCGCUCCCCCGCGAUGGUCCCUAAAACAUCUGGACCCUGACCUGGCGAUGACCGCUGCCAUCGCCAAGUCCUUGGAGGUUCCCCCAGAGGAGGUUGACGUAGAGGAGGAGACGGCAUGGUUCCGAGAGGCGUUGUCGCAAAUUUGCGACACCGCAAUGCCUCGGCGCCGUGCGGGCGGGCCUCCGAAUAAGAAGGCCGUGUACUGGUGGACGCCGGAGAUUGCAUCUCUGAGGCGGGAGUGCAACUCCGCGCGUCGCCAGUAUGCGAGGUACCGUCGGAGAAGAAGGGCGGCGGAGGAGGAAGCGGCUCGGCUGUACCAAAUAUAG